AUGGGGCUCCAACCUUGCCCCCCUUCCCAGGCGCUGCUCCUGAUGCUUCUGGGAGCACAGGGCCAGGCCACCAGGCCCGGCCUGUGUCACUGUGAUGACACGGAAUCGCAGAAGAAGAUUGGCCUGUUCUGUUGCAGGGGUUGCCCAGCCGGGCACUACCUGGAGUCCCUCUGCACAGAGCCCUGUGGGGCUGCCACCUGCCUCCCAUGCCCACAGGGCAGCUUCUUGGCCAGGGAGAACCAUCAUUCAACCCACUGUGCCCGCUGCCAGGCCUGCGAUGAGCAGGCCUUUCAGGUUGCCCUAGAGAACUGCUCGGCACUGGCAGACACCCGCUGUGGCUGUGCACAGGGCUGGUCAGCCGAGUGCUCCAUCACGGACUGCAGGGCCGGCUCGCCCUUCCAGUGCCGGCCCUGCUUGAAUUGCAGGACCCUGAACCGCUACAACCCCAUGCUCUGUUCUAGCAGAGACGCUGACUGUGGGACUUGCUUACCUGGCUUCUAUGAACACGCUGACCACUGCGAAGCCUGCCCCACGAGCACCCUGGGGAGCUGUCCUGAGCCCUGUGCUGCUGUCUGUGGCUGGAGGCAGAUGUUCUGGGUCCAGGUGCUCCUGGCAGGCCUAGUGAUUCCACUGCUGCUGGGUGCCAUGCUGACCUACACGUUCCGCCACUGCCAGCCUUGCAAGCCCAUGAGUCCUGUGGAGGAAGCUGGGAUGGAAGCCCUAAACCCCCCGCAGGCCCCCUAUCCCUCAUCCCCAGAUGGCACCCACACUCUUCUGGCCCCGUGUAGCAACAGUGAGAAGGUUCACACUAUCCAGUUGUUAGGCAACGGCAUGGCCCCUGGCUUCCCCCACACUCAGGAGGUUUCCUGCCCAGAGCUGCCGUGGUCCUGGGACCAGCUGCCCAGCCGGGCCCUUGGCCCGUCUCUUACACCAGCGGUCCCUGCAGCGCUCCCCGCAGCACCCCUGGCAGGCUCUGCAGCAGCCAUGCUCCAGCCGGGCCCACAACUGUACGAUGUCAUGGACGCCGUGCCUGCGCGGCGCUGGAAGGAGUUCGUGCGCACGCUGGGCCUGCAGGAGGCGGAAAUCGAGGCCGUGGAAGUGGAGAUCGGCCGCUUCCGUGACCAGCAGUACGAGAUGCUGAAACGCUGGCGUCAGCAGCAGCCGGCGGGCUUGGGUGCCGUGUACGCGGCCCUGGAGCGCAUGGGGCUGGAUGGCUGCGUGGAGGACCUGCGCAGCCGCCUGCAGCGUGGCUCUUGACGCUGAUCCCACCCGCCCCCGCGGGUGGCCCUGGGAGAAGCCCUAAGUACGGUUACUUAUCCGUGUAGACAUUUUAUGUCACUUAUUAAGCCCCUGGCACGGCCCUGCGUAGCAGCGCCCACUAGCCUUGUCACUGCUCACUCCAGGGUUCUGGUUCAGGAGGAGCAGCAUUGAUGAAUGUCGGAGGGGUCGGGUCUGAGGGCUAGCCCAGGAAGGCCUUGAUAUUAAA